AGAUCGAGGGACGUUCGCUGUCGACCGGGAGCCGCAAUAGAGGACGUUAGUGUCAUUAACGAAGGAGAAUCUGUUUUAAACUUCACAGCAAACCAGUUAUCACAAUGUUUUCCCGCGUUGCACGACCAGCUCUUAACAUCACUCGGACCCUGUCCACCUCUUCCCAGAACCAUGCCAAGGUGGCGGUGUUGGGUGCGUCAGGUGGCAUCGGCCAGCCCCUGUCCCUGCUAUUGAAGAACAGUCCCCUAGUGAGCCAGCUGUCUCUUUAUGAUAUCGCUCACACCCCUGGUGUCGCUGCCGACCUGAGCCAUAUCGAGACCAGGGCCCAGGUCACUGGCUACAUUGGGCCAGAUCAGCUGGGAGCUGCCCUGAAGGGCUGUGAAGUUGUGGUUAUCCCCGCUGGAGUACCCCGGAAGCCUGGAAUGACUAGAGAUGAUCUGUUUAAUACCAACGCCAGCAUCGUGGCCACCCUGGUUGAUGCCUGCGCCCGCAACUGCCCUGAAGCUAUGUUGUGUGUCAUCUCCAACCCUGUAAAUUCUACAAUUCCCAUUGCAUCUGAAAUUCUGAAGAAGCAUGGCGUUUACAAUCCCAACAGAGUGUUUGGCGUCACAACUUUGGAUAUCGUCAGGGCAAACACGUUUGUGGCUGAACUCAAGGGUCUGGAUCCCGCUCGUGUCAAUGUUCCCGUCGUUGGCGGCCAUGCAGGAAAAACAAUCAUUCCAGUCAUUUCCCAGUGUACUCCCAAAGUCGAGUUCCCUACCGAUACACUCACUGCACUGACAGGCCGUAUCCAGGAGGCAGGGACUGAGGUUGUGAAGGCCAAGGCCGGGGCAGGUUCUGCCACCCUCUCAAUGGCCUAUGCUGGGGCGAGAUUCACAUUCUCCCUGCUGGACGCUAUGAAUGGGAAAGAGGGGGUUGUUGAGUGUGCGUUUGUGAGGUCUGAGGAAACAGAGUGCAAAUACUUCUCCACCCCUCUCCUCCUUGGGAAACAAGGAAUUGAGAAGAACCUAGGACUUGGUAAGCUAUCAGCCUUCGAGGAGAAGCUGGUGGCCGAGGCUCUGGGCGAGUUGAAGGCCUCCAUCAAAAAGGGAGAGGACUUUGUGCUGAGCAAGUGAAUGGACAGAGCUGUGGCACUAGCAUCGUGUUGUGAAACCACUGAGCACUGCAAGAGGCUCCCAGAGUUUAAGUUGACAGUGACUGGCAGCUGUUGGUGCAGUUGCUCGUUGCAGUCUCAAAAUGUAAAUUAUGAAGCCAAUAAAUGGUGUGUGUUUUAA